CUUAAUGGUGGUGAUCGUGUAAGGUUGUUGUCUUUUUCUUUUAUGUGUGUGGGUGUGUGUGGGUGUGUGGGUGUGUAUUUUCUUAUGAUCAGCAAAAAUAUCAAACAGUUUGAGUUGAUGACAUGAAAGCUCAGAAAUAUUUGCUAUCUUCUGCUUAAAUGGUUUCCCUUUAAAAGUAAAGGUAGGGUUGAUCAGUAGGCAUUGGCAUCCUCAUUCCCAUUAACAAUGUCAGCAAAGAGUAAGAUCCUGGUUAUUGGUGGGAUGGGAUACAUAGGAAAGUUUAUAGUUGAAGCGAGCGCAAAGGCAGGGCAUGAGACAUCUGCUCUGGUACGUGAAACAACGGUCUCUAACCCAGACAAGUUGAAGAUGGUCCAUAAAUUCCAGGCAUUAGGUAUCAAGCUUGUGUUGGGGGAUUUAUACGACAUUGAGAGCUUGGUGAAUGCUAUAAAGCAGGUGGAUGUGGUUAUAUCCGCCGUUGGUAUCCCUCAAUUAGCCGAUCAGAUUCAUAUUAUUUCUGCCAUUAAACAAGCAGGCAAUGUCAAGAGGUUCUUCCCAGCAGAAUUCGGAAACGAUGCGGAUCGGGUUCAUGGGGAAGCAGUAGAGCCAGCAAAAUCAGCAUUUGAGUCCAAAGCUAAAAUCAGGCGUGCUGUUGAAGGGCAAGGAAUUCCCUACACCUACGUUUGCUCCAAUUACUUUGCUGGUUGUGUCCUUCCCAUUCCAUCUCAGCCUGGAGACAAAGUGGUCAUUUUAGGUGAUGGAAACCCAAAAGCAAUUUUUAACAAGGAAGAGGACAUUGCAACUUAUAUAAUUAGAGCAGUAGAGGAUCCAAGAACCUUGAACAAAAUCCUCUACGUCAAACCCCCCGCCAACAUCUACUCAUUCAAUGAGCUUGUGUCUUUGUGGGAGGCAAAGAUUGCCAAAUCCUUUGAGAGGGUCUACAUUCCAGAGGACCAACUACUCCACAAUAUUCAAGAAGCUUCGGCCCCAUUGGAUAUUAUAUUAUCAGUUGGUCACUCAGUUUUUGUGAAAGGAGAUCAGACUAACUUUGAGAUCGAGCCCUCAUUUGGAGUGGAAGCUUCGGAGAUUUAUCCAGAUAUUAAGUACACAACCGUGGACGAGUACCUCAACCAGUUUGUAUGAAUGAUAUUCAAGACCGUUGUUCUUGUGAGAAGUGACUAAAUUUGUACCAUCUUACAUCCUUAAUUUAAUGAAUAACUAAAUAAAUUAUAUGAA